AUGGGUGCUCAUAUAUUAAGAUACGUUAAAAGAAAAUUAUUAUUUAAAUAUCCGAUUGGAGGUGUCACAAAUUUAAAAAAAAAAUUAUGUACGAAUUUAAUAAAUUCGAAUACGAAAAUAGAUAAUUACGAUUAUUUAUUAAUUUUGGAUUUCGAAGCAACUUGUGAUAAAAAAAAAUUCGAACAGGAAAUAAUAGAAUUUCCAUGUUUGAAAAUAAAUAUGAAUACACUUAGAGAAGAAUCUAGAUUUCACAAAUACGUUAGACCAGUUAUAAAUCCUAAAUUAACCAAUUUUUGUACUGAAUUAACGGGGAUUAUACAAGAAAUGGUCGAUGAUGAACCGACAUUUAAUGAAGUUUAUUUACUAUUCGAACAAUGGAGAAAAAGCGAAGGAUUAACAGAUGAUAACAGCAUAUAUGUAACAUCAGGAGAUUGGGAUUUAGGUUAUAUGAUGCCGAGACAAUGUGCAAUUAGUAAAAUACAAGUUCCGUCACACAUGAUGACAUGGAUAGAUAUAAAAAAACUUUAUGGAAUUAAUUAUAAUUGUUAUUGCGGAUCCCUGAUUGAAAUAUUUAGAGUUUUUAAUAUAGAAUUCGACGGAAGGAAUCAUUCGGGAAUAAUUAAAAGAUUAUCAAAAUUAAAUAUAAAAUUUACACCUACAUCAAAUUUAACAUUAUCAAAAAAUGGUUAUAAAGUACAAAGUAAAAAAAUAUAA